ACGGGUGUUAACGGAGUAUAGCUUAGCAAUAAGAGAAACUCGAAAGAAAUUGUCUCCAAAUUCGGUCAAACAAAGAUAUAUUAUCAAAAUAUUGUAUGAUAUAAAUCAUCAAUUAGUUUUUGAAAAUGAGCGUUACCCAAAUGUUUGGAAUUAUUGUGUCUGGACGGCUGGUACAGACAGAUGCUCAGCAAGUGAGUGAGAACCAAAUGCUCUUCAAUAUUGCUGAUGCUGACAGUAUUAAUCAUAUUGUUGUGUUUAUGACCGGCCAGACCCCAUUUCCUGAUGGUCUAGGUGGCGCAGUUUAUUUCUCAUGGCCAAGUCCAGCAGGUCAGUCGUGGCUGUUACUGGGACAUAUUUCUAAUGUAAAACCAAGUGCAAUAUUCAAAAUAACCAACCUAAAGUCAACAGAUAGCAGCAGCAGUCAUCCAUUUGGUCAGGUGGAACCACAGUCACAUAUGGCCCAGAUUGGAAUUUCUGUUGAACCAUUGGCCCAGCUUUCUCAACAAACGCCUGCUACCCUCACCAAUACAUUGAAUGUGGAACCUUUUGUAGAAUUCUCGAAGACAAUGUGUGAAAACUUGUUCAAUUUUGCUUCAUCUUUCGCUCAGACUCAAGCACAAAUGGUGCCAAAUCCAAAUGAAAUGUUCGUGCCUGUGAGUAAAUUACAACAGUGGUAUGAAAACUUCCUAAGAAGGCUGCAACAAAAUCCUUAUUUCUGGAGAUCAUGAGAUCAUAACUUGUAAUUCUGUGCUACAUUUUGUACUUUCAGCAAUGAAAAACACUUAUGUCUUUAACACUUGCCCCUGAAUAAACUAGAGGGGAACCAUUAUCUGGACAGGAUCAGUUUCUGGACACAUGUAUUAACAGCUUUAUGUUGCUAUUAUUUAUGUAGACAUUUCAUCUGGAUCAUUCAGAUGUGUAUAAUGCAUGUCUGUGAGAAAACACUGCUUUGCAAGCUUAUACUUACAUCAAGUUUUAUAUUGAUAUAGAUAAAACACAAUUUGAUUUUAUUUCAUCCCGUUGCAUUUUAUUUUAAGAACAGUGCUUGCAAUGAUUGAGGCAUUUAACAAAAUUUUUGAAGACGUAAUCUGAAGACAUAAUCCAUUUACCUUCCGCCAUAUGAUUUAAUGAGCUUUUGCACUAAUCUUACUUUUAUAUCGAUUUAAAAUAAAUAGACAAUGAUA